AUCUAAAAUUCCAAAAAAAUAUAACUUUUAAUACUAUUUUCUGAUUCAAAUAAAAUUUAUUAUAACAAUAAAAAAUAAUGAAUUAAUUUAUAAUUAUCAAAAAGAUAAUGAUAAAGAUAAUGUAAGUUUAUUGUUAAAGGAAGGGGAACUACAAGGGAGAAGGAGAAAGACUAACAAUACAUCUAGAAAUAACUUCAGUUCUGUUUCACAUUUCAGUGGAAAUCUUGAAUCUUGUUCUAAAGUGCUUUAUAUUUUUUAUAGUACUUUAGAAUUUAUUAUUUUCAAUAUACAGAAAUUAAAAUAUUUAAAAUUAUACUUUUAUUUGUUACAAAUAUUUUAUAUUUUUAUAUACAUAUACAUAUAAUAAUUAUAUUUAAAAUAUCAAAUUAAAAAACAAUAACUUAUGAAAAAAAUUUUUAAAAUUGUGAAUAAAUUAUUUCUUAAAGCUUAAUAUUUAUUCUAUGUAUGUGUUAAGAAGAAAAGAAAUAAUAUAUACAUAUAAUUUUUUUCUAUAAAAGUUAUCAAUUAUAUAUAUAAAUAUAUAUAUUAUUCUUUAAGUAAAAUUUUUAAGCACAAAAUUAAAUAAAUUUCAAUUGUAUUUUUUAUAAAAAGAAAAAAAAAAUUAUAAAUUUAGAAUUUUCUUUUACUGUGUGUGUAUAUAUAUAGAAGUAAGUCAGAGCUAAAUAUAUGCCUAUUUUAUAAACAUCAAGAUCUGAUUUGAACCAUAUUGAUAAUUGAAAAUAUAAUUUUUAAUUAUUUUAAAAAUAAUACAUAUUAUAUAAUUUGUGAAUAUUAUAUAAUUGCAAUUUUUUAAUAUUAAAAAUUAUUAACUAAAACUAUUUUAUUAAAUUGUAUAUUAAAUAAAACUAUUUUAUUAAAUUAUAUAUUAAAUAAAACUAUUUUAUUAAAUUAUUAUUAUUAAUUAUUAUUAAUCUCAUAUUAAAUUGUUAAAUAAAAAAAAAUCAAGAUAGCAUGUCGAUUUUAAAAAAGAAACCACUUCUAAAUAGAUUUUUAAGUAAUCGUAAUUCUCAAGAAGAAUUAAAUGUUAUGCCAUCACCUUCUAUUGCUAAUUAUACAAAAAAUUGUGAAGAUAUUUGGAUGAAUGAUAUGGAAAAAAGCAGUAUAAGUUCCGAGUAUAGUUCUGAACCUGUUAUAUGCGAUAUAAAAGAAAGACAAAUAAUAAAUCAACAACCAUGGAAUAUAGAGGAAAUUAUUUUGGCCCUAUCUAAUCUUCCAGCAGGAAAGCAAGCACUUUCUGUUAUUUCUACUCUUCAUGGAGAUAGUUUGAAUAAAGUUUUAGAUGAAUAUCUGAACACUGAUUGUAGAAACAUCACAGAAGAUAUUCACAAAACUACUAUAUCUUCAUUUUUAAAUAGACGCAUACAAAAUAAUUUAUUGGAUAUUGAAAAUGAAGCAGCUAUAAAUACAACUGUUCCAGAACUUUUUUUAAGAUGGCCAAGCACUUGUCUUUUAGUUUCUUGUUAUUUAGGUCAUGUAGAUAUAGUCAAAGCUUUAUUGACUAAAAAUGCAAAAGUUUCAGCUAGAGAUAGUGAUGGCAGGACAUCAUUACAUUUGGCUGCAUGUACAGCUUCAUUAACAAUUUUAGAAAAAUUAUUACAACAUGGAGCAAAUCCAUGUGAAUGGGAUUUUAGUAAAAAGUAUACACCUUUACAUUGUGCUGCAGCUACUGGAGAUCUUGCUUGUGUUAAAUGUUUAAUAAAAUCAGGAGCAGAUGUAAAUGCUGGAAUGUGUGGAAAAAGUCCUCUUUAUUAUGCUGUUUUAAGUAAUGCAGUAGAUUGUGUCAAAGCUUUAUUAGAAGCAGGUGCCUCUCCUAAUAAUCCACAGGUUUAUACAGAAACACCAUUGCAUGUAGCAGCUGGUUUAGGUUCUAUUGCAUGCACAAAAUUAUUAUUAAAUUAUGGAGCAGAUGUAAGAGUUCAAUUUGGUUCUAUGAGAUCUACUCCAUUACAUCUAGCAGCUGAAGAGGGUAGUGUUGAAUGUACAAAGUUGUUAUUAGAUGCUGGUGCAACAUGUGAAGCAAAAAAUGCAAGAGGACAAGCACCAAUGCACUUAGCAGUUUUAUCUCAAUCCAUGGAAACUUUAGAACUAUUUAUAAAUAUUGGUGCUAAUGUCAAUAUUGAAGAUAAUGAUGAUCGUACUCCAUUACAUGCUGCAGUUGCAAAAACUACCAGAGGAAUAGAUUUAGUGAAAAUGUUACUUCAGGCUGGUGCUUUAAUCAAUAAAGCAGAUAAAUUUGGUUACACACCUUUACAUAUUGCGGCAUUAAAUGAAAGUUCAUCAAUAGUAAUAAUGUUAUUAUCAAAAGGAGCAGAUGUUACUGCUAGAACAAAAGGUGGUAUAUCUGCAUUAAGUUUUAUUGUACGUAGAACACCAGAUGUAUUGCCUCGAUUUAUUUCUCGCUUAGAUCAAGCAAUUUCUUUACAUGAUCAUGAAUUAGGUGAUAUUGAUUGUGAAUUGAAAUUAGAUUUUAGACCAUUGAUAUCAGGUGGUAGAGGAGAAACUGAUUUGAUGCUGUGUCUUGUGGAAGUUGGACAAAGACAUGUAUUGAAACAUCCUUUAUGUGAAAGCUUUCUUUAUUUAAAAUGGUUAAGAAUCCGUAAAUUUUUUUUAUUAAAUUUAAUAUUUCAUUCCAUAUUUGUCGCUUUUUUUACUGCAUAUAUAGCAAUUACAUAUUUAAGUAAUAUUGAAAAUACUGAAAAAUUUAGAAAAUUAUUUUUUUGGCUAGUAUUAAUAUUUACUGUGACACUAGCUAGUAAAGAAUUUUUUCAAAUGGUUCAUGGCAUAUACAGUUAUAUUAAAAGAUGGGAAAAUUGGCUUCAAUGGAGUGUUGUAUUACUAUCAAGUAUUGUAUUAAUUAUUCCAAUACAUGAGUGGCAAUAUCAUGUAGCUGCUUUGGAUAUUUUAUUAAUUUGGAUAGAAUUAAUGACAGUGAUUGGAAGAUUUCCAAUUUUUGGCCUUUAUAUACAAAUGUUUACUCAAGUCUCAAUUAAUUUUUUUAAAUUCCUAGGUGCUUACAUAUGUCUUAUAAUAGGAUUUUCUUUAGGCUUCAGUGUAUUACAUAAAAAUUAUGAUUCAUUUAACAAUCCAUUAAUUGCUCUAUUAAAAACUAUUGUAAUGAUGUCUGGAGAAUUGGAAUUUGAGGAUAUAUUUUUUAGUUCAAAAUCAUCAAUUUUAUAUUCCGGCACUGCACACUUAAUGUUUUUAAGUUUUGUCAUUUUAGUAACAGUAAUUUUAGCAAAUUUGAUGAUGGGACUUGCAGUAUCAGAUAUACAAGAAUUGAGAAGAUGUGCUGGAUUAGAUAGAUUAGUACGUAGAGCAGAAUUAGUAGCACAUUUGGAACACAUGCUAUUUUCUAAAUUGUUAGACUAUGCACCAAAUACAAUAAUGAAAGCAUGCAGACAGGGUGCACUUCUGUUACAUCCACCACAUUAUUGUACAAUUCAUAUUCGUCCUAAUGAUCCACGAGAAAAACGUUUACCACGGGAAUUAAUGAAAGCUAUCUAUCGUUUAGUAAUUGAAAAAAAAAAUCGAAAUAUGAAAAAAAAGAUGCCUAUAUAUAAUACAUAUAAUAUAAAAAUGGAUACACCUAAAUUAAAUCGACUUUAUAGUACAACCUCUAGUGACAAUAAUCAACAACAAUUAAAUGAAAUAAUAGAUGAAUUGCAAAGAUGUUUUUAUAAUAUUAAUACACAUUUGGAUAAGUUAAUUAAUAAAGUUGAAAGCAUUGUUAGAGAUUGUAAUAAUUCUAGUACAUAGUAAAUUUGUAUAGAGAUAGAAAAAUAUUUGAAAUGUUCAUUUAUUAUUAUAUUUUUUACUUACUAAUAAUUUACUUUUAUAUUUCGUUCCAUCUUGUAAUUGUAUUACUGCAUUUUCUUCUUGUGUUUUAGGUAAUUUAAUAUUUUCAACUUUAGAAUUAUAAAUUAUAUUUACAUUUUCUUUGUCUGCUAAUUGCUUAUUUACAGCGUGUAAUAAUAAAUCAUUUUCAACUAUAUAAGCAAUUUCUUCAGUCAAAUAAUCUUCAUUAAAUACAAUUAUAGCAUCAGAACAUGCAUCCCAAACCUACUAUAAAUUUCAUAUUUAAUUGUAAUAUUUGUAUUAUUACAAAAAAUAUAAUAAAUUAAAUAUCAUUAAAAUAUAUUUUUCAAAAUAUUUUCA